UCUUUCUCUCCUAAUAAAGUGUUAUCCGGUCCUGAAAAAGCCAUAUCAGUAAGUCAAUCUUCUCUUAGACUUUCAAUAACCAAAAUCAAAUUCAACAAAAUAAUCCAAGCACAGAAUAUCGGAGAACUGAGAAAUGACGGUCGGGAGAGAAGUGGAGAUUAUAAAGCCCAGAACGGACAAAAGGGAGUAUCGAAGGAUCGUCCUUAGUAAUUCCCUUCAAGUUCUGCUCAUCAGCGACCCCGAAACUGAUAAGUGUGCUGCUUCUAUGAAUGUGGGUGUCGGUUCCUUUUGUGACCCCGUCGGCCUCGAAGGCCUUGCCCAUUUUCUUGAGCACAUGCUCUUUUAUGCCAGUGAGAAAUAUCCAUUGGAAGAUAGUUACUCAAAGUAUAUAAGAGCAUGGAGCAGUACAAAUGCCUUCACAGCUUCUGAGACGACCAACUAUUAUUUUGAUGUCAACACCGAUUGCUUUGAAGAGGCUUCAGACAGGUUUGCACAGUUCUUCAUCAAGCCAUUGAUGUCAGCUGAUGCUACCACAAGGGAAAAAGCUGUUGAUUCUGAGAACCAGAAAAACUUAUUGUCUGAUGCAUGGAGAAUGAGCCAGCUUCAGAAACAUCUAAGCUUGGAAAGUCAUCCAUAUCAUAAUUUUAGCACAGGGAACUGGGAUACCUUGGAUGUUAAACCAAAAGCAAAGGGAGUAGACACAAGGCAAGAACUCCUUAAAUUCUAUGAAGAGAAAUAUUCAGCCAACCUCAUGCACCUGGUUGUUUAUUCAAAAGAAAACCUUGAUAAAAUUCAGAGUCUGGUAGAGGACAAGUUCCAGGAAAUUCGAAACUCUGAUAGAAGCCGUUUCCAGUUUCCUGGCCAGCCUUGCACAUCAGAACACCUUCAGAUUCUUGUCAGAGCUGUUCCUAUAAAACAAGGCCAUAAAUUAAGGAUUGUAUGGCCAAUCACUCCAAGCAUUCUUCAUUACAAAGAAGGGCCAUGCAGGUAUCUUGGUCAUCUCAUUGGCCAUGAAGGAGAAGGAUCUUUAUUUUAUGUCUUGAAAAAAUUAGGAUGGGCUGCUGGGUUGUCUGCUGGUGAAGGUGAAUGGACUUCAGAGUUCUCUUUCUUCAAAGUAGUAAUUGAUCUUACUGAUGCUGGCCAGGAUCAUAUGCAAGACAUAAUUGGGUUAUUAUUUAAUUACAUUCAGCGGUUGCAGCAAUCUGGCGUUUGUAAAUGGAUAUUUGAUGAGCUAUCGGCUGUUUGCGAGACAGGAUUUCACUAUCAGGAUAAAAUCUCUCCUAUUGACUAUGUUGUAGAUAUUUCAACAAACAUGCAGAUAUAACCUCCACAAGAUUGGUUGGUCGGAUCAUCAUUGCCUUCGGAUUUCAACCCAACCAUCAUACAGAAGAUACUAAACGAGCUUUCUCCUGACAGGGUCAGAAUCUUCUGGGAGUCAAAGAAAUUUGAGGGACUGACUGACAAGGUUGAGCCAUGGUAUGGUACUGCAUUUUCCGUUGAGAAAGUUAACCCCUCAAUGAUUCAGGGUUGGAUGACUUCAGCUCCUAAUGAAAACCUUCAUCUACCAGCGCCUAAUGUCUUUAUACCAACAGACUUAUCUAUUAAGAAUGCACAGGAGAAGAUUAAGUUUCUAGUUUUAUUGAGGAAGUCAUCCUAUUCAAAGUUGUGGUUCAAGCCUGACAUGGUGUUCUCUACACCGAAGGCAUAUGUUAAAAUAGACUUCAACUGUCCCUAUGCUAGCAGCACUCCUGAAACUGAGGUUCUAGCAGAUAUUUUUGCACGGUUAUUGAUGGAUUACUUGAAUGAAUAUGCUUAUUAUGCCACGGUUGCUGGUCUUCAUUAUGGCAUAAGCCUUUCAGAGAGUGGUUUUGAGGUGACAUUGGUUGGUUAUAAUCACAAAUUGAGGAUCUUGCUGGAGACUGUGGUUGACGAAAUUGCAAAAUUUGAAGUGAAACCUGACAGGUUUUCAGUAAUCAAGGAAAUGGUAAUUAAAGACUAUCAAAAUUUCAAGUUCAAGCAACCCUAUCAACAGGCUAUGUAUUAUUGCUCGUUAAUACUAGAGGAUCAAACAUGGCCUUGGACAGACCAAUUUGAAGUUUUGCCUCAUCUUAAUGCAGAAGACCUUGCAAAAUUUGCUCCAGUGAUGCUCUCACGGGCCUUCCUAGAGUGUUACAUAGCAGGAAACAUUGAAUGUGAGGAAGCUGAAUCAAUGAUUCAGCACAUCGAAGAUGUGUUCUUUAAGGGUCCAAAUCCAAUAUGCCAACCACUGUUUCCAUCUCAGUUUCUAACGAAUAGAGUGAUCAAACUUGAAAAAGGCAUGAAUUACUGCUACAAUAAGGAAGUUCUUAAUCCAAAUGAUGAGAAUUCUGCCUUGGUCCACUAUAUUCAGGUUCAUCGUGAUGAUUUUAUACUGAAUGUGAAACUUCAGCUUUUUGCUCUUAUUGCAAAGCAACCUGCCUUCCAUCAGCUUAGAUCCGUAGAACAACUCGGAUACAUUACCGUCCUCAUGCAGAGGAAUGAUUCCGGAAUCCGUGGGGUGCAGUUCAUUAUCCAAUCUACAGUAAAGGGCCCUGAACAUAUUGAUUCAAGAGUUGAGGCAUUCCUCAAAAUGUUUGAGAGUAAACUGUAUGAAAUGACGAAUGAUGAAUUUAAGAGCAAUGUAAAUGCAUUGAUCGAUAUGAAGCUUGAGAAGCACAAGAAUUUAAGGGAAGAAUCUCGAUUUUACUGGCGAGAGAUCCUUGAAGGGACUCUCAAAUUUGAUAGGAGAGAAGCCGAGGUUGCAGCACUAAAGAAACUCACGCAACAAGAGCUGAUAGAGUUCUUCAAUGAAAAUAUAAAAGUCGGUGCAACUCGAAAGAAAACACUUAGCGUGAACGUGUACGGGAACCAACAUUUGGCUGAUUUCAACUCGCAGAAAAGUGAAUCAAAUACAAUUCAGAUUGAUGAUAUCUUCCGUUUUAAAAGAUAUCAACCUCUGUAUGGUUCAUUCAAAGGAGGCUUUGGUCAAAUGAAACUGUAGUAUAAAGGCUCAUCCCUUAAAAAAUACAUGAUUUAGGGACGCUUGCCCUGGGAAAACACAGGUAUUUUCCAGUUGGUUUUCAUAGAAUUGUUAUACAUUGGAGAGAAACGGUGAAUAACUUUCUGUGAUUUUAUAUCCUAGGUAUGGAA